AUGAUCCUCUUUAGGACCUAUAAAACAAAUAAUUCAGUAAUAACUGCGAGUGCAAAGAGAUUUCAAUCUUCUUACACAUUUCUAAACAACCAGUCGCUGGUCGAGAAAGAACAAGUAAAAAACCAAAAGCGGACGAGCAAGAAGAGCGACGUGAGCUCACCUGAGAACAUAGAAAACCGGCGACAGAAGAAACGCACUCAAGUGGAACUUAGCGCUAGAAAAAGACACGACUAUUCGUGGCUACCUAAAGCUCCUUCCACAUCACAUCUGAAACAGCGCGAUGUGACAACCAAUAUGUUCUAUUCCGGCUAUCGCCCCGUGUUUAUUAAUCCGUCCGACCAUAAGAAAAAUGAAAGUACGCUAUACGAGUUUGCAAUGAAACUUGAAGCUCUAGGUGAUCCUCUGCCCUGGAUAUCUUCUGCCACCGGAACGGAGUUCUAUGGAGAAUGGGAUAACGUUCCGACAGAUCUAAUAAAGAAGCUAAAACCGUUCCAGCCACCUUACAGCGGUGCAGAAACCAAAAAUGAAGAGGCUCGUAAAGCAAUGAAGAAGGAAAUGCUUGCUGCUGAAAAGGAGAAGUUAAUGAAUAGAGCCAAGGGAAGAAGAAGACCAAUAAUAAAACUUCUACAGCUAAACAAGAAAUAUGAAGAAGAUACCUAG